CGCAUUCAUACAUCUAACGUUUCCCACUGUAACCCAAGAACUCUUGAUCAAGACAAAACCAAAGCUAAAGGACGGAACUACCAGGGAUGAAACCAUAACGAGGGAGUUACAUAAGAUCGCAUCGCUUGCACAGACAUUCACAGAACAGCGCCUAAAGUUGAGCAAAAAGAGCCAGUUAUCAGAUUUCCUUGAUCAGGAAGGUGUCAGCCUGUGGAAUGCGUCCGGUGCGGAUCCGUCAAGGCUCUGCACAUGACAGCCGCGUUGUCGUCGCCGCUUUGCGGCUAGCUGGAUUUCGCCUCAUGGAAGCAGGGUUAGAACCUAAGCCUGGGACUGAAGCAUUAUUACAUAUUCUUCAAAUCGCGAGUAAGACUGGCGCAACCCUGUCCGAACUCGGCCACAAUGACACUGCAUCGGGCGUGCUGAGUUGUGCGGCGAAGUAUGAAGAAGCGCUGAGAAAUAUUGACGACACGAGUGGCACAAAUCAGCAAGCCAGGGCAUGUGUUACAACUGUCUACCUCUCAACUAGAAUGGAAGCAGCUUGGAGGGAAGGAAAUGAAGGGUUAGCGGCCUUUAUGGCUGACAAAGUCACAGAGAAUGACGGACGGCUCGUGCUCCUUUCAAAUCAUGACCGAGAGACGCUGGCGACUAAGCUUCUUGACAUUGGCAAAUCACUUUUGAGAAGUUGCUAUCAGGAUAACAAAUUGACACCAGAAGAAAGUAAGGCUAACGAGGCUAUUCGAUGGAUGCAGAAGGCUUUUUCCGUCAUCGAGCCUCUGGAUUGUACGGCCAAUGCCGGGCUCGCUGAGCUCAAGAGAUCGGUUCUCAGGAGUCUGGCCCGUGGCUACUUCUUGUCAUCAUCCCAGGAUCCAGAGAAUUUGAUCAGAGCGGAAACCGCGCUAGAAGAAGUUAUUGCAACUAUCGAUUCUUCUGUAGACAACGUAAGCUCCGAAUACCAGCAACUCCGAUGGAUGAAGUUGGCUGUCAUAAAGCGGCGGAAAGCUGGAGAUACUGUUCUUCUUCAAGCUUUACAAGCCAUCAUUGACAACCUGACAUAUUCAGAAAGCAAUCUUACCGAUGUCCUACAGGAACUUCGGACGCUUUCUCAGCAUCACCAAUUAGUCACGAGUACAAUUCAGUACUGCCUUCAUCGUGCCUUGCAGUGCUCUUGGAGCCCAGACGCCGUGGAAAGGCUUCUCAUAUCCCUCAUAUUCCAUUGUUCUAAAGAUGACAAACACGACAGAGCCAUACAAGAUCUGCAUGCAUCUUUCAAAGAACUACGUGACGUGGAAUUUGAGCUUCUCAAAGCUCCGGCCACAGCUUGCAUCACUCUUUUAUGGCAAUACGGUGAUCGCCAUUACCAUGCGGGGCGAUGGAACGAAGCUGCGGAUUGGUUCACCUGUGGCACACAUUCUAUAUUUACAAGUUUAGGACCUGUCAGCAGCUCAAAGUGUUUUCGGAAGGCUGCCCUAGCGCAUCUUAAGCAAAAGGACUACGCUCACGCGGGGUCCAUCAUCCGCCAGCUGUCCUGACACAGAAGCCACGACACAAUAUGUAAAGUUUCUUAUUGCGGUUUAUCAAGGACUGGAAGACGAAGGUAUCUCC